AUGGAUGUCUUCCUUCUGUAUGUCUACUCAACAGCCGCAUGGCUAUCAAUUCAGAGUCUUGCUUUGAUUGCUGGUCCAAGCAUGAUCAUCACCAUGCUGCUGGAUGAGACUCGGCCUUCUACCCCAAUCGAACUCUAUCUUUGCCGAUGCUUCGGAUUCAGCCUUUUUACCAUCGCCAUCUUGAGCAUGCUGCUUACUGGCGUUAUCCCCGUGGUAUCUGAUCUCAAGGAGCCUGUGACGACAGAGGAGGAGACAAAUCCCCAGGCACCUUACGCUGUACCAACGUUGGUUGUCACCUCUAUCUUCCAGAGCGCGUGUGCCUUCUACGCGUGGACCUGGUAUGUUUCUGGUGGGCAGGGUCUCUUUGCUGUUGGUGUUGUUGGAUACGCUACUAUUGCGGCGCUUGGGCUUUGGUGCAUGCUCUUCGCUAGCAGCCACGGCAAGAUCAGUCGCCGUACAGGUGCUGACAAGAGGACGACGGGAUAUCCCUUCAAGAAUAGGUCCAAGAAGCGCCGCUUUGACUCGGAACCCUUCAGGAUCUUCCGUCCCCCGACCGAAGCUGUAUCGCAGAACGCGACACAUGCCCCGCACGCUUUUAUCCGUCCUCCACGACCAGACGGACCGGCGAAUACUUUCUUAAGUGCACCCCAAUCCACACAGCACCAGUCGCAUCCUCAUCCCGGAGAUGGUGUCGUCUCGCACUUACAACAAGGGCGAUCCCCCAAUCGCGCCGGCCUACAUCAAUCGCAGGAGUUCAACCAUGGCGUCGAUCAUGCGGCACAUAUGAGGGGGGCAUUACAUGGCACUGCUACCGGGCAGAUGGGGCCUCCCCAGUCGCUGUCGCCAAACGAGCUAGCGAUGGGAAACAACCCGCACCAAGCUCAAAAUAACGCCUUAGCAACGAUGCAGUCUCCAGGUCAACACUUUCAACCAGACCUUAUCGAACUUGAUUCGGAACCUGUUGAUCCGGCAACUUUCGCAGGCUCUGGAGAGCUGCAGGGUUUCAAAAUGGUCACGGAUCCUCCGAACCUGGAAUACUGGAGAGACAGAUUGUUCAAUGUCGACGAAAUGAUUACACUUAGCGAAGAGGAAUACCUAACAUACUUCCCCCAUGUUGACAAUGUAUACUCCCACCGCUCAACUCAGCGCUACAAGCGCAAACCCUUCGUUUCCCAUUACUGGGACUGUCGACUCAAAGGCCGACCCCCGGGGACCCCGAAAUCCGACGACCCAGAGAAGAAGAAACGCAAGCGUACGGCUAGAGAAAGGGACCUCUGCCAUGUCAAGAUCAAAGUUGUGGAAUACUUCCCAGUGUCCGAAACAUCGAACUCAACCGACCCGGUCGAACCUUUACCGAAUAACAUUUUACCGGGCAUGUAUACCUUCGCUCUGAAUGGAGAGACCCCGAUCCAGAGCGCCCAACCAUUCGGUAUGCUCCCGCCGAACACCGGUCUACCUCCAAACCACCCGGGAGUGAAUGGUGGGAGAUAUUUCACUAUACAGCGGGUGAAUGGCAAUGGCGCCAAUGGGAAAAAUGAUGGCGUGGGUGGUGGCCAUCAACAUACCCUCGAAGAAAGCGAUCGUGUCAAGAAGAGUAGUGUCCAACGAUACGCUCUGAAGGAGAAGAAGGAGAAAAGAACGAGAGCGGACCGAGUCAUGUCUCGACCAGGCCAAAAGUCGUACCAUACAAAAGCAACCGGUUUGGCCGCGGAAACUGCGAUCAAACAUUCCGCCGAGGUCAAUCUCAAGCUAUAUGGAAGCUGCUUCUGUCCCUUUGUGCAGCGGGUGUGGAUUGCUUUAGAAUUGAAAGGCAUUCCGUACCAAUACAUCGAAGUGAAUCCUUACGAGAAGCCUGCAUCGCUUUUGGAAGUCAACCCACGAGGACUUGUUCCAGCUUUGCGACAUGAUGACUGGGGAUGCUAUGAAAGCAAUGUGUUGUUGGAAUAUCUUGAGGAUUUGAAUGUAGGAGGUGCAUUGCUUCCGGCAGACGCAAAGUUGCGCGCUCAUUGCCGGUUGUGGGCGGAUCAUGUCAAUCGGCAUAUUGUGCCGAGUUUCUAUCGGGUGCUGCAAGAGCAAGACCAGCAGAAACAGAUCGAGAAGACGCAGGAGCUGCGCGAAGCGAUGGAGAAGCUGCUCGAGGUGGCGCAUCCCAAAGGGCCAUUCUUCAUGGGCCCGCAGAUGUCCCUUGUAGACGUUCAAGCGGCGCCGUGGAUUCUUCGGCUGCGGCGGGUCCUCAAACCGUAUCGGGGUUGGGCAGAUGCCGAGGAGGGAAGCAGGCUGGCGUCUUGGAUCAAUGCGAUCGAGACCGACCGGCAUGUUCAGGCGACAACUAGCACGGAUGAGCUGUACCUGGACAGCUACGAGCGAUAUGCCGAGAACCGUCCAAACACAUCCCAAGUUGCCAAUGCCAUUAAUGCAGGACGUAGCCUUCCUUAG